AGCUAGCGCUACCCUUGAGUUUUGUGUUUCGACUCUGGGAAUGUCUUAAAUUUAAAUUUAUCUUCCCUUGCACUGCUGACUCCAAUGCAUCAGCUUGUAAAUUCUACAUAAAUCGUCAAUGAAUAGUAGUUUUGUCAUUGGUAGUGAUAGUUUCACCUCAAAGCUGCUGAAAUGUUGGACGGAAUUUCUGUCGGUUCGCAAAUCACUUCGUGGAAAACCUGAUAACCAAAAUUAUUCAGAAAUUUCAAAAGAAUUCACGGAAGCUGAAAUUACAAAUGUUAUUCGUGUGACGCUUAAUGACCUUAUUUCACCCUCUCACACCAAGUCCGUAGACUUCCAUGAAGUAAUAGCCUACUAUUUUUUCAAAGCUCUGCUUAUUUCUGAUAAAAACAUAGAAAAUGAAUCAGGAGAUUCAGUAACAGAUGAAAUUCAAGAAAACUCUCAAACAGUCAUCCUUUUCAGGGAGACAUUUUAUACGGAACUCUUUUCCAAAAUUGAUUGUAUCCUCGAGAUACUCUUGAAAGAAGUGUCGAGCAAUGCAAUGGAACAUCCAGUUAGCUGCAUGUGCGUUGCUAUUGGACUUAUUUCUGAUUUAAUAAAGGACCCUUCUUUAACUUCUCUAUCACUUUAUCAUCUCGAAGAAAUGUGGCAUAAAUUUGGUGCGUUUAUUAAAAAGCUUAUUGAACAUAUUAUGGUAAAUCAAAACGGUAUUGCGAAUAAUGAUCAAGAUGUUUUCCUAUUCGAUAUUUUUCGUCUCUGGAGGUCAUCUCUAAAGGCAUACGCUGAGAUUGAUAAUCGAGGAAUGAAGGGUACAGAGACUUCUGCAUUUACUGUGUUACUGGGUGUCAUACAUGUCUGUUUAGUCGAACAUUUUAAAGUAUAUUCUAAGUAUUCUAUUGAAGUGCCAUCAUCAUUAUGGUCAAACUAUCUUGUACGUAGCCUACGUACCGUGUAUAAACUUAUAAAUAAUUCAGAUCAUUUAUGGAUUCAUAAUUUAUAUCCUACUGCGGAUACAAUUAUAUAUGAAUUAUUAUCGUCAUAUACUUCUUGUCCAAGCAAGUCCAACACUUCUAGUCCUUGUUCUUCAGUGUCUCACAACAGUCUAGUCAAUUAUUUAACUUCUAUAAUGAAAACUCGAAAAGCUCAAGGUUUCAAUGAGGUAGCUGUAUUUGAAAUAGACCCAGGAUUACCACUGCGUAUUAUAAUUCUUUGUGGACUGGAAAGCAUUUCAAAAUUAGAUUCAAAUAACCCACGAUUUUGGUCUUCACUGAGCUCUCUUCAUAAGCUGAUAUUAGACAUGGAGUUGUACCGACCUGGUGCUAGUACUGAUCACAUUUAUGAAGAUUCAAUCAUUUCUUUACUGUCUGAGGAUGAUUCACAACUUUUUCGUGCUUUGGAUUUAUGGAUACAAAUUGAAGAUCGUGCAGUUUCUGUUGACAAGUUAUCCAAUAAAACUUCUAUCAAUUCUAUUCCCAAUGCUCACUGGUUAUUUGCAUCAUUAGCAAAAUGUAUUGAUUUUUCAUCCUAUCUGUUUGUUGAUUGGUUGAUUUCGCCUGAAACGACUUGCUUAUCUUAUUUAGUACAUUAUCUAAGACGAAUAUGUGCUGAAAAUCAAAAUGUUCAUCAACGUUUAGAAUAUUCUUUGAAAAAUGCAAUUCUGUUCAAUUCAUGGCCAUUAGAACAAUUAACAAAUAUGUUAGUCAAAUUGCCAAAUGUCUUAAAACAUUAA